CUUUAGGUGGCGCUACUCGCUCACCAAUAGUUUGCACCCAUGGGCACUGAAUCGAUGCAUAUUGGCGCCAUUUUGGAGCUAGGAGGGGGAAGAGAGCUGCAGAGGAGAAUACGAUUUAUCACAAUUCACCCUAACAGGCAGUGAAGAGCUAAAGAGGAUGGCUCACUCUAAAGCUCGAGCCACAGAUGGGAAGGUGACCUACCCCCCGGGGGUCAAAGAGAUUUCUGACAAAAUAUCCAAAGAGGAAAUGGUCCGCAGGCUCAAGAUGGUUGUGAAGACCUUCAUGGACAUGGACCAAGACUCUGAGGAAGAAAAGGAGCUUUAUCUGAACUUGGCCCUUCACCUGGCCUCGGACUUCUUUCUCAAACACCCAGACAAAGAUGUGCGGCUGCUGGUGGCGUGCUGUCUUGCAGAUAUAUUCAGGAUUUAUGCUCCAGAAGCACCCUACACCUCUCCAGAUAAGCUCAAGGACAUUUUUAUGUUCAUAACACGACAACUCAAAGGACUGGAGGACACGAAAAGCGCUCAGUUCAACAGAUACUUCUACUUGCUGGAGAACAUAGCUUGGGUGAAAUCUUACAACAUUUGCUUCGAGCUUGAAGACAGCAAUGAAAUAUUCACCCAGCUUUACAGAACACUCUUCCAGGUCAUAAACAACGGGCACAACCAGAAAGUGCACAUGCACAUGGUGGACCUGAUGAGUUCCAUCAUCUGCGAGGGCGAUACGGUAUCACAGGAGCUGUUGGAUACCGUUUUGGUCAACCUGGUGCCGGCGCACAAGAAUUUAAAUAAACAGGCCUAUGACCUGGCCAAAGCUCUGCUGAAGAGGACCGCUCAAGCCAUUGAACCUUACAUCACCAAUUUCUUCAACCAGGUUCUGAUGCUGGGAAAGACCUCGGUCAGUGAUCUGUCUGAACACGUGUUUGAUCUCAUCUUGGAACUUUACAACAUAGACAGCCAUCUUCUUCUCUCUGUGCUGCCUCAGCUAGAGUUUAAACUCAAGAGUAAUGACAACGAUGAGAGACUGCAGGUGGUGAAGCUGCUUGCAAAGAUGUUUGGAGCCAAGGACUCGGAGCUGGCGGCACAAAACAAACCGCUCUGGCAGUGUUACCUGGGCAGGUUUAAUGACAUCCACGUUCCUAUCAGACUGGAGUGUGUGAAGUUUGCGAGUCACUGUCUCAUGAACCACCCAGACCUGGCCAAAGACCUCACAGAAUAUUUGAGGGUCAGAUCACAUGACCCCGAGGAGGCCAUCCGCCAUGACGUCAUCGUCUCUAUAGUAACUGCGGCUAAGAAAGACCUGUCCCUUGUCAAUGAUGCGUUAUUAAAUAUUGUAAAGGAGAGAACCUUGGACAAGAGAUGGCGUGUUCGUAAGGAAGCCAUGAUGGGCCUAGCAUCUAUUUACAGGAAGUACUCGCUACAAGGAGAGGGUGGGCGGGAAGCCUCUAAGCAGAUAUCCUGGAUUAAAGACAAACUGCUCCAUAUCUACUACCAGAACAGCAUUGAUGACAGGUUGCUGGUGGAACGGGUUUUUGCCCAGUAUAUGGUUCCUUUCAACCUGGAAACCACUGAGAGAAUGAAGUGUCUCUACUACCUUUAUGCUACAUUAGACACCAAUGCUGUCAAAGCUUUAAAUGAGAUGUGGAAGUGCCAGAACAUGCUAAGAAAUCAUGUCAAAGACUUGCUGGACCUGAUCAAAAAGCCCAAGUCGGAAGCAUCCAGUAAGGCUGUAUUUGCCAAAGUCAUGGUGAUCACAAGAAACCUUCCAGACCCGGGCAAAGCGCAGGACUUUGUGAAGAAGCUGGCUCAGGUCCUGGAGGAUGACGAGCGGAUAAGGGAUCAGUUGGAAACCUUGGUCAGCCCCACCUGCUCCUGCAAGCAGGCUGAAGUCUGUGUGCGAGACAUCACUAAAAAGCUUGGUAGCCCCAAGCAACCCAGCAAUCCGUUCCUGGAAAUGGUGAAAUUCCUGUUGGAGCGGAUUGCUCCGGUACACAUCGACACGGAGUCCAUCAGUGCUUUAAUAAAACAGGUGAACAAAUCUAUAGAUGGGACGGCUGACGACGAGGAGGAGGGUGUUCCUACUGACGAGGCCAUUAGGGCCGGACUGGAGCUGCUGAAGGUGUUGUCCUUCACACACCCAGUGUCAUUCCACUCUGCAGAGACGUUCGAGUCUUUGUUGGGCUGUCUGAAGAUGGAUGAUGAAAAAGUGGCAGAAGCUGCCCUGCAGAUCUUCAAGAACACAGGCAACAAAAUGGAAGAGAGUUUCCCUCACAUCAAAUCUGUUUUGCUGCCGGUACUGCAAGCCAAAGCUAAGAGGGGCCCCCCUCGCCAGGCCAAGUAUGCCAUCCAUUGCAUCAAUGCGAUGUUCAGCAACAGGGACACACACUUUGCCCAAAUUUUUGAGCCUCUGCACAAAAGUCUGGACCCUGCUAACCUGGAGCAGCUCAUCACUCCUUUGACCACUCUGGGUCAUCUGGCCCAGCUGGCCCCAGAACAAUUUGCUGCACCGCUAAAAUCUCUAGUAGCUAACUUCAUUGUGAAGGAUCUGCUCAUGAACGACAGGAUCCCAGGCAAGAAAACAACCAAACUUUGGGUUUCUGAUGACGAAGUGUCCCCAGAGACGAUGGCUAAGAUCCAGGGCAUAAAGCUGAUGGUGAGAUGGCUACUGGGAGUGAAGAACAACCAGAGCAAAUCAGGCAACUCCACCCUGAGGAUGCUGACAGCUAUUCUGCACAGCGAUGGAGAUCUAACUGAGCAGGGUAGGAUGGGUAAACCAGACAUGUCGCGGCUGCGGCUGGCGGCAGCGUGUGCUCUGCUGAAACUGGCACAGGAGCCCUGCUAUCACGAAAUCAUCACCCUGGAGCAGUAUCAGCUCUGUGCUCUCGUUAUCAAUGACGAGUGCUACCAGGUGCGACAGUGUUUUGCCCAGAAGCUUCAUCGGGGCCUCUGUCGCCUCCGUCUGCCUCUGGAGUACAUGGCCGUGUUCGCUUUGUGUGCCAAGGACCCCGUCAAGGAGAGGAGAGCUCACGCUCGCCAGUGCCUGGUGAAAAAUGUCAACAUAAGACGAGAGUAUCUGAAACAGCACGCGGCCAUCAGUGACAAGUUGUUGUCUCUUCUACCUGAGUAUGUGGUGCCCUACACCAUCCACCUUCUGGCCCAUGACCCAGAUUAUGUGAAAGUGCAGGACAUCGAGCAGCUGAAAGAAAUCAAAGAAGCUUUGUGGUUCGUCCUUGAAAUUAUCAUGGCCAAGAAUGAGAACAACAGCCACGCAUUCAUCAGGAAAAUGGUGGAAAAUAUCAAGCAAACAAAAGACGCCCAAGCCCCUAAUGAUCCUAAAACUAAUGAGAAACUCUACACCGUCUGUGACGUAGCCAUGCACAUCAUCAUGUCAAAGAGCACCACCUACAGCCUGGAGUCUCCCAAAGACCCUGUGCUGCCUUCAUGCUUCUUCACCAAACCAGACAAGAAUUUUAGCAACACUAAAAAUUACCUUCCUCAAGAGAUGAAAGCAUUCUUCACACCAGGAAAACCCAAGUCGGCGAAUGUUUUGGGUGCAGUAAACAAGCCGCUCUCAUCGGCGGGUAAACAGCUCCAGAGCAAAGCCUCUCGUAUGGAAACGACCAGCAACCACGACUCCUCGCCCAAUCCGAGCUCCCCGCAGCGCAGCAAAACCAGGCAUGACAGCACAGAAAUGGAUCAUAGUGAAAACGAAGACUUCAGCCUGAAGAUAUCAGACAGUGUUGACAAGGAAAUAGAGAAGCCCCGCGGCCGUAAACGCGGUGUGGCAUCCAGUGACGACCAGGAGAGCAAGCCAAAGCGCGGACGCAAGAGGACGUCUGCCAACACCACCACAGCAGCUGAGUCAGAGGACCAGUGGGAUGAGGACAACCGGCCAGAGGACGAACAGAACAGCCCACCUAAAAAAGGACGCAGGGGGCGACCCCCUAAGUCCGCCACUUCCAACCAGGAAACGCCUGCAAAGGGGAGGCGGGGCCGAAAAAAGGCAGCACCUCCGCCAGAGGAAGAUGACGAAGAGAACGAGGAGGAGGAAGAAGAGGAGAGGGUGGAUGAGGAGGACGAGGAUGAUGGGGAUGACAAGAGUAGUGAAAACAUGGAAGUGAAACCUAAGGGAGGAAGGCAAGUCAGGACGCCACGAAGGACACAAGGCUCAGAGUCUGCAGAGUCCACGCCACAGAAGAGGAGAGGACGUCCGCCUAAAUCAGCUCAGCCAGCAGCAAAGAAACCAACGCGUGGAGGGCGAUCGAAAGCUGUCGCUGCUAAAGAUGACUCCGAGGAAGAAGAGGAGGAGGAGGAGGAGGAAGAGCAGGACGAUGAGCCAGCACCAAGGGGUCGCAAAAAAACAGCUGGGCGAAGAAGAUGAGCUGUAGUGGGGGGAUAAAAGACAACAUGUCUGAUGAAGUCAAGGAGGAAAGACCAUGUGGACAUUAAACUUUUUAAACUUUUCAUAUGCUGACGCUCCUACUGUUACACCCGUGUACGCUCUUGCAUAUACCACAUGCACACUACAUCAGAACAUCUGCAUCGUCAGCUGUGGAUCGUUGCUUCGUGUCGCAUUGUGAUGAUGUUUGCCACAUUAGGUAGAAAUAAUUUUAACAGGAAAACAACAAAAAAAUCACUCUUGUAAAUAGUUUUCUGUCUGUUUCAUGUUCUGCUGUUGUGUUUGAUGCUGACUGGGGGGAUGCUGUCAAGGCUUUUCCCGCUAUUAUUAAAAUGUUUCCAUUAAAACAAUAUUAUCAAACUUCCCAAUGUUCCUGCUCUUUAAAAAGAAAAAAAAAUCUGAGUUUACCCCUCGACCUUUUUGUGACGGUAUUUGUCAUUUUACUGUUAAUGAAAAUGUUUUUGUUUACAGCUAUGUAUAUUAAUACUUUUUUUUUUCUUUUUUUUUUACCAUGGAUAAAAUACUUUAAAAAAUGAUCCAAAUGUAGAGUUGCUUCUGGAUGUUAAUGUAGUGUUUAAUUUUUAGAUUUGUUCUCACUGCUAGAAGGAAGUCCUGAGCAGCCGUGGUUGUCGUGUUCGUCACUGCUGAUUUCACUUGGCUUCACAUCCACCCAGUCACAUCCUCCGUUGUAUCAAUAUGAUUCUCUAUAAAACCUGAAAUGUUUGAAUUGUU